AUGGCGCUACCAAGUCGGCAACAGUCCCUGCCAGGACAUCUGCUCCCUGACCGUGAGAUACAUGUGGUAGUGUCAAUUCUCUCGGGUCGUCACAAGGCCAAAGAAUACUAUGAGGAGUCCAUCAAGCCGCUACUCGAUCAGCAUGAAAUCCAGUAUUUUACACAUCAGACAAAGUCUGCGAGGACCAUCAUCGAGCUGACAGAGAAACUCUUCAUUCCAAACGCGCGGCGCGGGGUCAAGCAAACAAUUAUCCUGUUAUCAGGCGAUGGCGGAAUUGUCGACAUUGUUAACACCUUCACCACGGUGCUGAACCGCAGUAAUGACGAUAUGCGAGCCCCUUCGAUAUUUCUCAAGCCUGCCAUCGUCCUCAUCCCCAUGGGCACCGCAAAUGCUUUGGCCUGGAGUUCCGGGGUCGCGCAGGAUGCUGUCAAAAUCAUGAUGGACGGGAGACCUAAGUCUUUACCGUCGUUCAAAGUUACUUUUAGUCCUGGCGCUCAGCUUCUUGUCAACGAAGGUCAAGACCGAGAAGCCCUCGGUGAUACGGAAGAUGGCGAAAGCGUCACUUAUGGUGCAGUGGUGUGUAGCUGGGGUCUCCAUGCGAGCUUAGUGGCAAUGAGCGACACGACCGAGUAUCGCAAGCAUGGACUAGAAAGGUUCAAGAUGGCAGCCGAGCAGCUACUGACAGAAGCUCACGUUUACAGAGGGAAGGUCAAGUGGCGGAAACAGAAUAGUGACUGGACGGAAGUGGCUGGGAGAGAGCACGCCUACAUCCUGGCUACGAUGGUGUCCAGACUCGAGGAGCAUUUUCAGAUCUCGCCAGAUAGUAGGCCAUUGGAUGGAACUCUGAAACUGGUGCUGAUCGGUGCUGAGCCUGCCUCAGAGAUAAUGCGAAUCCUCGGCCUAGCAUAUCAAGCCGGUCAGCACGUGACAGAUCCAAAGGUCGCAUACGAGGACAUUGAGGCUUUGCGAAUCGACCUUGACGAAGACGACGAUCAGUGGCGCCAAAUCUGCGUGGAUGGGAAGAUUAUCGCCGUGCCUAAGGGAGGCUGGAUGGAGGUGACGAGGAUACCUGGAACAGGCAUGGAUGCGAGACGCGUCGUCGAGCUGGUUUGCUGA